AUGUCGAACACUUUGACGCUCUGCACGUACAACAUCCGCUUCAUCUUGGACCGGUGGGACGAACGCCGGCCGUUCCUCGAGGAGGCGCUGACGCGUACGGGCGCCGACGGCCAGCACCACGAGCUCCGCGACCUCCUCUCAACCCAAGACACGGCACUCUCUGCGUUUCCGUCGCCGGGCGCGCGCGUCUACAUCCAGGCGAUCCCGCUUCUCGGGUACCUCUUUCGCUCGGGCAACCCGCUCGCUGCGGUCUUCUACGACGGCUGCGCGUGGUUCAACAAGCACUGCCUCGGCGCCAUCUUGGGUCGCUUCACGCAAGUGAUUUACCAUCGCCCUAUCCUACGCGCGCUAACCUUUGUGAGCCUUGGCUCGGCGUGGGUCUUUGGCACCGCGCUUCUCGCCAAAGAAGCUCUAUCGCCUGCCGCCCACGACACGCUCCUCUUGAGCGAUUGGAAGGUUGCACAGAGCGUCCAGCUUACGGUUGGCGGCAGCGUCGUGCUUGUUGCCAACGUGCACUUGUCGUCCGGGGACGACGAAGAAGGUCUUCGCACCGAUCAGAUCACAAAGACGAUCCAGUGGCUUCUCGCAAUGCAGACAGAAUCGAUCGCCGGGAUCGUGAUUGUCGGCGAUUUCAACUGCGUGCCUGACGGCGGCUGCUACCGCACGAUCCAAGCGCUUGGCUUCCGCAGCGCGCACCAGCUUCUUCACAGAAAGGAGCCCGAAAAGACAUUCCAUCAGGGGCUCGAAGCCCCGACAAAGGACGUUGGCGACGAGAAGACACUCGACUACGUGUUUGUCUACGGCACGGUGACGCCGCAGACCAUCAAUGUGAUUGGCUCCGAGUGCUGCAACGGCGAUACCACGCUGUACCCGAGCGACCAUUUUGGCCUCGUGGCCAAGCUUCUCGUCGGCGAAUCACCCCGUCCGGUCGAGGUAGCAAACUCCGAUUCUUAG